AUGUCCCGCUCGACACAGACGAUCUCGCGACCACACAAACGUCCUCGACAAGAGAUCGACUCUGCCGUAGCCAGAUUGAACGCGCGCAUCCUCCGCUUGUCGGAGCACACACUGCCGAAACAACCAUAUCUACUCUCCGUCCCAUCAGACGUCCCAUACAGACACAGCUCGCGCUUUGUGCAGACCUGGCAUGUGGGGACCCCGUUCGAUCGUCGCGAAGAGCAACUCCAGUACCUUAGCUUCCUACCACACAACGGACCACUCGAGGACCUGCUGAAGGUUGAAGGCGGUUGGGCUGACGACGACGGGACCUUCGUUAGCGAGAGGGAGCGCACAGCACCGCCGCCGAGUGCACCAAACACUCCGCCUGGUCAGGCCAAUCGCAAAAAGAUCAGCCUGAAGGAGUACAAGAAGGAAAAGGGCCACAGUGAGACAAGCAUUGUGCCUCCAAAACCAAAGGUCGAGCCCAAGUCGGAGAAGCCGCUGGAGCUCAAACGAGAGAAGACCCCGCUAGAGGUCAAGAAAGAAUUGGAGUUGCUGGACGUGAAGCGGGAGCAAAAGCCAAAAAUGCCGUCGCGGUCACCAGAACGACGGGAGAUGAAGCCUGAACGAGGCAGGAGCCCAGUUCGCGCUGCCGACAGGAAGCCCGCAAUCUCUAUGUUAGAUGGAACCACUUCACCAGCUCUGAAGAGAGAGGAUGACUCCAGGCCUGCGAAGAAGCGAAAGCUCUCUGGAUCCCCGCCACCGAAGCCAGAAGCGGACAAGUCACUGCCGCCAAAGAGGUUGCCGAAGUUGCUGUCGCCGACCCUGCCAUCAUCGCCACAGAGAAAUAAUGAGCUUCCAGAGCUGCUUUCGCCUCUACUGCCCCCAUCGCUAAUGAGAGCGCUGGCGACACCACCUUCGUCAAGCAGGAGCGAUUCAGCCAACGCCCAGAAACGAUCAGACUCUGUGAGGUCGAUUCUUGGCGCAAUCAACGAGGAUGGACCACGCUCUACCGACAAGAACAGCCUGACCGUUGGUGCUGCUGGAAACCGAGUUCGUUCUGAUAGUCAGCACUCGGCUAGAAGCGCUGCGUCGCCUUCCAGCAAAGUCCUCUCGCGGCCUGGCAUCGAAGCAGGUGUGAGCACUCCUAAUCGAAGUCCUGGACCUCGGCAGCGGCAUACGAUUGCAUUGAAAUAUGGAAAGAAGAAUAGUAAACGAGUCCAGGCACUGCUCAGAUUCCCGUCUCGACCUGUCAAAAUCCCUACAAAGACCGUACCUCAAGAGGAAUCUACCAAGUUAGAUGCCAAGCCUCUACCACCCAGAGAAGCGCCCAGGGAGCCGCCGAAGGUCAAAGCGGCCCGAGAUCCAAGUCCAGAUCGGCCUGUCCCAAAAUCGAAGCCACCACUCAGUGAAGCUAUCAAAAGACCAAGCACGCCGUUGACGAACGGCUUUCGAGAUCCUAAGCGAGCUGCAAGUCCCGCAAUGAAGACCAUUGCAGCUACGCCCAAGAAGGAGCUGAAGUCUUCGGCGAUGCGGCGAGUCGAGUCUGUUGAGGGAGUCGACCCUUCCACGCCUGGCGGCAAGCCGAGAGAGUCUACUCCAGCCAGUGUCGAGCGCUCCCGCAUACCAAAGUCUUCGCCUCUACCCAACGGGCCUUCCACGCACGACCACAGUGACCGACAUGCGUGGCAGCAAUUCGAAAAGGAACGCGACUAUUUCACCUUUGCCCGCAACCUCAAGCACGAAGGUUCCAAACUUGCUGAUCAAGCAAAGAGCCUGACUGACAUGCACAAACCAAUUCUCCUCUUGAUCGAAGCCCUCCUUGGCUUUAUGCUCAAUACUGCCGUCCAGACCCAAGUUCGACCCCGUACAGACCUCUGGACCAGCAUACUAGGGUACUACAAAUUCAUUCACGCGAGAACGAGAGAGUUCCCUCACCUUCAUGGACUAGUCGUUCAGCUAGGCGCCGUCUGUCGACAAGCCAUCCACAAGGCGAAUCUAGAACGUCUAGCCCGCGACCCGCUACCUAGUGACGAACACGCGGGGGCGGCUCCUACGCCAGGCAGUGACGGGACGACCAAGACUGGCGCCGAGGACGCGGAGGGCUCUAAGAAGAAGUACCUCGCCUUCCGCGACGAGCUGAUCGAUAAUGCCAACGAACUACAGACCGCGUGGCUGAAUGGGUCCCGACUGCUGAGUACGGAACUCUUGCAGAAGGAAUACCAGGAGACGUGGCGUGCACGAAUCAAGGACUUCGAGCAUAGAGGUGUAGACAGGCACAAGCCUGUACGCACAGGCAAUGACGCUAGUAGUGGCGAGUGGGUUCUGGCGAAGGGCUACUAUCUGCCGCUAGACCCCGCGUCCAGUGCGUUUGAGGCCGUCGAGUAUGCGCUCAAAGUGAUGGGUGAGUGGGCAGAUCGGGAGGAUGUAGAUUGGAGGGCGAGGCUGCAGUUGUAA